CCUUCCAGCACUGCCGAGUCCUUUGCUAAGGUCAACUGGGUAUGUCCCCUGGAAGCUGGAGCCCCAAGAUGACAGCCCAGGGUGUCCUCUGGAUCCUGCUUGCAUUUCUGGUGUGGUCUAAGCCAGGAACAGCCUCCCUGCCCCUGGUCAUGGAUUCUGUCAUCCAGGUCCUGGCUGAGCUGGAGCAGAAGGCGCCAGUGACGGAAGUCAGUCUAACUGCCUCUGCACGGCUGCUGUCAGCCCAGGACUCUGGCACCUCCAAUCCCCUUCACCACUUCCUGCUUGAGACACCAAGUCACAAAGCUGCUGAACUGGAUGCCCACCCACUGAGUCCGGAGCUUCGAGGCCUGAUGAAGAUAGUGGCCCAACACGAGAUACGGGGAGGGCAGGAACACGGGGUGGUGCUGGCCCCUGAUGGCUCCACCGUGGCUGUGAAGCCUUUGCUGGCGGGGCUGGAAGCUGGACUGCAGGGGCGCAGGGUUGUCAACUUGCCCUUGGACAGCCCAGCCACCCCUUGGGAUGCUGAAGCCAACCCUCCAGGACGCAGGGAUGCUUCUCCAGAGGGAACCUCUGCAGAUGCUGGAGCUGCCUCUUCAGAUACUGAAGCCACCUUACCAAACGACAAAGCCAAGUCCCCCACCACUGUGGACAGACUCCUGGCAGUCACCCUCGCAGCAGAUCUAGGCCUGACUUUCCUCCAGCCUCCCCAGACCCAGAGCCAUCCAGGCCUGGGGACAGAGGGCUGCUGGGACCAGCUCUCUGACCCCCAGAUCUUCACGCUGCUGGACCCCAAGGCAUCAAUGCUCACGGUGGCCUUUCUCAAUGGGGCACUGGAUGGGGCCCUCCUUGGAGACUACCUGAGCCGAAUCCCUGAGCCUCGGCCACCCCUCAGUCACCUGCUGAGCCAAUACUAUGGAGCAGGGGUGGCUGGAGACCCAGGCUUCCGCAGCAACUUCCGAAGGCAGAAUGGGGCUGCUCUCACUUCAGCCUCCACCUUGGCCCAGCAGGUGUGGGGGACCCUUGUCCUGCUACAGAGACUGAAGCCGGCACACACCCAGCUGCAAAACGUGAGCCAAGAACAGCUGGCCCAGGUGGCCACCUAUGCUGCCAAGGAGUUCACCGAGGCCUUCUUGGGAUGCCCAGCCAUCCAUCCUCGAUGUCGCUGGGAAGCGGCACCUUACCGGGGCCGCCCGAAGCCAUUGCAGCUGCCGCUCAGGUUCUUAUACGUGCAUCACACGUACGUGCCAGCGCUACCCUGCACCACCUUCACUGGAUGCUCAGCCAACAUGCGCUCCAUGCAGCGUUUCCACCAGGACACACGAGGCUGGGAUGACAUCGGUUACAGUUUUGUGGUGGGCUCCGACGGCUACGUGUACGAGGGCCGCGGCUGGCACUGGGUGGGCGCGCACACGCUCGGCCACAACUCCCGUGGUUUCGGCGUGGCCUUUGUGGGCAACUACACGGCGACACUGCCCACCGAGGCCGCGCUACGCAUGGUGCGCGAAGUGCUGCCAAGUUGCGCGUCGCGCGCUGGACUCCUGCGACCAGACUACAAGCUGCUCGGCCACCGCCAGCUGGUGGCCACUGACUGCCCGGGUGAUGCGCUCUUUGGUCUGCUGCGCACCUGGCCGCACUUCACCGAGACUGAAAAUUAAGAACUACCAGGAGGGUCUUCCAGAGAUCCAAGAGGGAGCCACCUCUAAUGAUCCUGCCAGCCGCUACAGAUCUCCA